AUAUUAUUGCAUUUAAUUAAGUUUCAACUUAUUAUUCAAUGUUUUAGAAGAAUAAUAUGUACAAAACCAAAAAAUCAAUAAAAAUAUGUGUGGCGAUGGCGACGGUGAUUAAAACCUAGGUUAACCAUGGAUUUUCGAAGGUGGGAUCCGGGUAGUGAAGGAAAGGUACGGAAUCGAGCAGAUCUUUCUCAUGAUAACAAGAUCGGGAUGAUAUGGUUUCGAUACGGAAUUUCGGCGAAACGGGCUCGACGGGACUUACGAAGAGACAUACGGUAUAGAGGAAAUAUGGGUUUUGAAGGGAUACCUCUAUGGAGAUCUUUGGAUUGGACAUGGAAUCAAGAGGAUCAAUCACAAGAUUACAGAGUGGAGGCGCAACGGUCAUUUCGAAAGAUGGUGAGGACGAAGCGAACCAAUAAUACUACACGGGAGACGACGAUCACCAAGAGAAGAAAGAAGCUCGCUAAGGAAGAAGAAGAAGAAGAAGAAGACGAUACACCUCUCACGGGCAUCUUCUGUCUUAAACAAAGACAAGACAUGAAGAUCUUCGAGGAGAAAGAGGAUUGCUUUAUCCUCGAUUUCGAUCCCAACGAUUCGUUUGACUCAGAGAAGCUCUCCUCCUCUGAAAACCCAGAAAGUGACGAUGACGUGGCGAUUGUCCAUGAGAAAGGCCAGGUGGCUUGUAGGGAUUACCCACACCCAAGGCAUCUCUGCUUGAAAUAUCCAUUUGGAUCAACCAAUCACCAACUCCAUUGUAACAACUGCUACUGUUAUGUAUGUGAUGUGGCUGCGCCUUGCCCACAUUGGACGCCUAUUGCUUACGAAUCGCAUUGUGAAGCAUCGGCGGAAAGAAGGUGGAACCGUUUACGGGAGCUUCACCGCAAGUAAACAGGAGUCUUGCUGCUCGCCUUUGUAAAACACCAAACAACAAGUGAAGGACUUUCUGAUGGAGUUUUGGGGUUUCCAAUGGCAGAAGCUAGAUUGAUGAAUAUUAUAUUAUGAAUAUUGUAUGUAACUCAGCCCCCAUCUUUAGCUGAAUAUUAUACUUAAUAAAAUGAAUAAAACCUCAUUUCUGCUUUA